AUGACUCCCCAGGUCUCCAGCUGUCACAGCUGGAAUCGAGGCGUCCACGAUCCUAGUCCCUCGGCCGCCCCGCGCGGAGGGCUGGCGCAGGGGCUGGAACGCGUGUCCGAGGAGCUGCUGGCUUUUCCAGCUCUCCUCCCCUCGCUGCCCCUCCCUCCCCUCCGGCAGUCUCUUCCUGUCCCCGGGGCUGGCGCUCCCCCCUCUCUCCGGGCCUCCCUCACAGUCCCCUCCCCUCCUCUCGGGAGAGUUCCCGCUGCACCUUGCCAGGGAGUUUGGCCGGAGCGCGCUCACUCAGCCAGGGAUGCUCAGAGCCUGAGCCGCCAAGAGUCGCAGGGGCCGCAUUCCCUCCGGGAAGACGCCGCCGCCAAGGCUGCCCUUGGCUUUGCUGGCCACUCUGCGGGGCGCUGGGGGCCGUGGAUUCAGCCUAUGAAUCCUGAACUGGGCAAGGUUCCAAAGCAGAGUGUCCUCUUCAUGGAUGAGACACCAAUAAGCCAUUUCAUUGCAGGGGCUUUUAUGGGGUUACAGAAAAAGAAGGCUUUAGAUUUUGUGCGAAUGAUAAUUGCAUAUGACAUGGCAUAUCAAAUUCCUCCAUGGAAUUUCAUACUCUCCUGUUUGCCAUCAAACAACACUGCUGACUUCCAAUGGCCUUCAGGAGUCUUCAAGAACAGUUCUGUCUUCAGCAGAGAUGAUCAAAGGGCUGACAACAACUUUCGUUCACUUGAUUCACACCCUUCAGAAUUUGCAUCAACAGAAAGUUUGCAUUGUUGCCUUUGGAGUCAAAGUGAUAAAAAUUCUUCCAGGUGUGCAAACAGUACAGAAAGGAAGAUAUCUGUUUCUUCAUCAGCAUUCUCCCAAGCUCUUCAGCAAAAAGGUGUGAGCUGGAGCAUUGAAUGCUGGGUCAGAGGGGACUUGAAGAUACUCAUCUGUAAUUUGGAAUCAUUAUCUAAGAAUUCUUCCAAGAUAUCGGAAUUUCAGACUCAUCUUUCAUAUGUUCUGUUAGAAGCUUCCCAGGAAGACUCACCUAUUGUUUCCCAGAAGAGUAAUUUUCAGGUUGUUCAGUGUGAUUGCAAUAGGUCCAAAGACUGUGAAUGCCAUGUACCCGUACCCACAGCUAAUCUCAGCUCUAUCUCCUGGAUAUUUCUGGAAAUCACAAAUGGCACCAUAUUUCUCCAGUCACCCAUUAUGUCUGUGAAGCCUAUAAAUAUUGUGAAGCCAGACCCACCUUUACACUUGCUAAUGGAAAUAACAGAUGAAGGGAAAUUAAAGAUCUUUUGGUCCAGCCCACUGUUGGUACCAUACCAACUUCAAUAUGAAGUGAAAUACUCUGUAAGGUCAACUGAGACCAUGGGACAGAUUGCUGCGAUUGUACUAGAUACCUCCCUGCUUGUGGACAAUGUGCUUCCUGGUUCUUCAUAUACAGUUCAGGUCCGGGGCAAGAGGCUGGAUGGCCCAGGAUUCUGGAGUGAUUGGACCACUCCUUCCAAGUUCACUGCUCCAGAGGUCAUAUAUUUUCCACCCAAAAUUCUAACAAGUGUUGGAUCUAAUGCAUCAUUUUACUGCAUCUACAAGCAUCAAAAUAAGAUCAUCCCUUCUAAGAAUGUCUUCUGGUGGUUGAAUUUAGCAGAGAAAAUCCCCUCGAGUCACUAUGAUGUUAUGAAUGCCCAUGUAAGCAGGGUCACCCUUCUCAAUAUGAAUGCAACUAAACCCAGAGGAAAAUAUACCUAUGAUGCUGUGUAUUGCUGCCAGGAGAACGAGUGCCAUCACCGCUAUGCAGAAUUAUAUGUAAUCGAUGUCAAUAUCAAUAUCUCAUGUGAAACUGAUGGGUACUUAACUAAAAUGACUUGCAGAUGGCCAGCCAACACAGUUUCAUCACUCAUGGGAAGUAUCUUGCAGUUAAGAUAUUUCAGGAGCAGCCUGUAUUGUUCUGACUUUCCAACUACUCAUCAUGCCUCAGAUCCCAAAGAUUGUCAUUUACAGAAGGAUGGCUUUUAUGAAUGCACUUUCCAGCCCAUCUUUCUUCUGUCUGGGUAUACCAUGUGGAUACAGAUCAUCCACUCAUUGGGGUCACUUGAAUCUCCCCCAACAUGUGUUGUUCCAGAUUCUGUAGUAAAGCCACUGCCUCCCUCCAGAGUGAAUGCAGAAAUUAUGGUCAAAACUGGCUUGUUGAAUGUGAGCUGGAGAAAGCCAGUCUUACCAGAGAAUAAACUUCAAUUUCAAAUUCGUUAUGCUGUGAAUGGACAUGGAGAUCAAUGGAAGGUACAUCAAGUUUAUGGGUCUGAAUCCCAAUCUGCCAGCUUUCAAGUACUGGAUCUCUGCACCAUUUAUGUCACUCAGGUCCGCUGUAAGAGGCUCGAUGACCUGGGAUAUUGGAGUAAUUGGAGCAAUCCAGCCUACACGGUUGUCAUGGAUAUAAAAGCUCCCAUCAGAGGGCCUGAAUUUUGGGGAGUCAUUAAUGAAGAUGUGGUGCAGAAAGAAAGAAAUAUUACCUUAUUUUGGAAGCCUUUGGGAAAAAACCAGUCACUGUGCAGUGUGAGAAGAUAUACGGUGAACCAUUACACUGUUAACAACAGGACUUGGUCAGAAGACAUAGGAAAUGAUACUAAAGUCACUUUUCCAUGGACUGAACGAACACAUACAGUUACUAUUGUGGCUGUAAACUCGAUUGGCCCUUCUGUGGUGAAUUUUAAUCUAACUUUCUCAUGGAAGAUGAGCAUAGUAAAUAGUGUACAAUCCCUCAGUGCUCAUGUAGUAAAUAGCAGCUGUGUGGUUCUUUCCUGGAUGGUAAUACCUACAGAAUACACUCUGAUGUAUUUUGUUAUUGAAUGGAAUAAUCUUGAUGAAGAGAAUGGAAUUAAAUGGAUUCGAGUUCCUUCAAAUGUUAAGAAAUAUUAUAUCCAUGAUCACUUUAUUCCUAUCGAGAAAUACCACUUCAGCCUUUACCCAGUGUUUCUAGAAGGAGUAGGGAAGCCUACGAUGACAAAUACAUUCACUAGAGAAGACAUCAUGAAACAGGAGAAUGAUCCAGGUCUCUAUGUAAUCAUUCCCAUAAUUAUUUUCUCUUCAAUCUUAUUGCUUGGAACCUUGUUAAUAUCACAUCAAAGAAUGAAGAAGCUAUUUUGGGAAGAUGUUCCAAACCCCAAGAAUUGUUCCUGGGCACAAGGAGUAAACUUUCACAAGCCUGAAACUUUUGAGCACCUUUUUAUCAAGUGCACAAGAGCUGUCGCAUUUGGUCCUUUUCUUCUGGAGCCUGAACCAGUUUCAGAAGAUCUAACUGUGGAAAGAACAUGGAAAAGUGGAGAGGAGAAGAACAUGGUACCAGCUCUUGGACUUUCCUUUUGUGACCCAGAACCUGAGGAGGAUUCUGUUUGUCCUGGUGACCACAUCACUAAUACUCAUCUCGCCCAGAGUGGUGGUUGUAGGACAGUCAGUGAGCAGAGCAAACAAUCCGUGAAAUACGCUGUACUUUUGAAUAACUCUAAGUCAAGUACACUAGAUAAUCAGCAAAAGAGUCUAAACAGCUCCUUCAGCAGAUGUUUAUCGAUAAAAAAUUCCCUGUUAAAAGGGUCUUUCUCUGGUAGUUCAUGGGAGAUAGAGACUCAGGCCAUUUUGAUAUUAUCAGAUCAACAUCCAAACACAAGACCUUCCCAUUUUCCAUUCUCAGAUAGUUCUUCUGAACUGUCAGAUCAAGACAAAAACUUCCAUGAAGAGAACAGUGCCCAGAGGCCUGUUUACUAUUUAGGGAUCACUUCAACAACCAAGAAGGAAAAUGACAUUUUUUUGACUGAAACCUCCGGAGUGAUGUGUCCUCUCCCUGCCCACAGUUUAUUCACAGAUGUAGGAGUACUUCAGGACAGUUGUUCAGGCUUACAUCCCUUUGUAGAAACAAACCUUCACUUGGGGGCGUCAGUUAGUAAGACAUUUGUUUCUUACAUGCCUCAAUUUCAGACCUGUUCUGCCAAAACACAGAAAAUAACAGAAAACGUGAUAUGUGACCUCACUGUGUAACACCAUUAUCUGUGUCCCCACAUUGCUUGCUGCUAUAAUGGUUUCUCUGAAAACAUUGGCUUCAAUGGAUCAGUGACCUCACAUUGUGGAGUUGACAUUUGUGUGAACUAUGUGGAGCCCAACCCAUACUUCUCUUUGUCAUUCUGUGGGUUGUUGUCAAUGUCCUCCUGUGCCUCCUCCCUCAAGGAUCUCCUCAACAUACUAAAGUCAUCCUCUUGAUCGAUUUCCAUUCCAUGGCCACCAGUGAAGUCCUCUUCCCUUGCUCUUACUACGUGAUUGCUCCAUCUCAUUUUCUAAAUAUGCUUUUCCGGCAUUAAUUCUGUUAUGUGCCUUGCAUGCAGAGCAUACUCACACCCAUACCCUUCGUUAUUUUUUGGGUCACCUACAACUUUGACACUUCGGAGAUUGUAGAGUUCCCAGAUUUAAAGAUAAAAAUGUCAUAAAUUCCAAGAUCUUUCGUGAAGAGGAAGGAAGAACAAAAUUUUCUACACUUGAAAAUAUUUCCCCACAAAAUCAAAGGUCUGAACUGGAAGGUACUAAAUUAAAAAAAAAAAAAAAGUAUAGUACAGGAGAAUUGAAUAAGAAAUCUGGAAUCAAGUUCUAUUUAUGAUCCUAACAAUCUUAGGUAAAUCAGUUAGUUAUCUUUGGUCUUCAGUUUACUCACCUGGAAAUGGGGUUGGACCAGAUGGCUUCUGAAUUUCCUUACAUCUUUAAAUCCAUGAUUUUGUAAAUACUUCUUACCAUGAUGAGGAAAAAGAGAAAAUGUAUAAAGCUUUAUUGUAUUACAAGUGUUGUUCACAAAUCAAAAUGCCAGCAACCUCAUAAGCCUUCUUCCUCCUAGAAACAAUUCCAAGAGUUUUUGUUGUUUUAUUUUGAUGGGAAGUGUUCACCACCAGCUCCAUUUCUAUGCAUGCUUCUGAAAGAAGACAUUGGAUGAGCAUACACAUAUGAGAUGAGCCUAUUUUUUUCUUUCCUAUUAAUAUCUAUGAAGUUCAGUCCUAUCAACUCUUUUUUGUGAGUUUAGCUUCCAUGUUGCAUUAACAAGGAGUGUGUUACAUUGGGAACCAAAUCUAGGCUCUAGUAUAAUAGAAUGAUGUCACUUAGUCGAAUGACAGUACCUGAAAAUACUUGUUGAUAGUACCACAAAUUCCCCCUCCCCAUAUUUUGGAUGAUCCUUAUCCUACCUGAGGAAGCAAGCACUGGCUUUGGAGUCAGAGAAUGUAGCUACCCAAAUCUUGCUUAUAAUGCCUGUUACCUGUGCAAUCACCGACAAGAUAUUUGAGCUCUCUGGACCUCAGCUUCGUCCAGUGUAGAAUGUGAGAAUUGAACCUGGACCUCUGAAAGCCCUUCUGGUUCUUGAUCUAUGAUUUUAUGAACCUACCGACAGAAUGCAGUGGCAAAAGAAUCAAUACAUCAAUGUUUUUGGCUUGCUGUUUUGUACUGUGGACUGUUUUGUAGAGUUGCGGCCAUUGCUUGAGUACUGAAGAGAGAAGACUCAGGCUGAGUUGCACAUUGCCUAUUCAUCACAAAAACUUGAACAAGUCACUUAUAAUUUUUUUUUCACCUUCAGUAUGAAUAUUAUGUAGUGGAGAGAGAAUGGAUGUGAGUCAGGAGUCUGUGCUUUGGACUGUACUCAGUCCCUAUGUGUCUCUGGUCAAGUCUGCAAAAUGUGGGAAUUGAAGUGAAUGAUCUCUAAGGACUUUUCUAGCUCCCAGAAUUAUCCUUUGUAUUCUAAUAAAAAAAAUAUUCAUGUCAGAGGAUUUCAAGCUGUGGGAUGUGGACAUUUGAGAGAUGAUUUAAAGCUAGCUCCAAUAUUUUACAGAAGAGGAAGUGGAGGCGCAGAGAGAUGAAGUGAUUUCUCUGAGGCCACAUAGUCAAUAAAUAGCCCAGCCUUAUUUUCCACCAUCAGAAAAUGUUUCUUGAUUGCCAAUUUGAAUGUGGUAUAGAAUCAGAACCUGCAUGAAAAAUCAUUUCAUAUGGACAUAUUUCUUCAGGUCAAUUCCAAUAGACUUGUGAUGGAGAGAGUCAUCUACAUCCAGAGAGAGAGCUGUGAGGACUGAAUGUGGAUAACAACAGUAUUUUCAUCUUUGCUGUUGUUGUUUGCUUGCUUGGUUUUUUUCUUUCUCAUAUUUUCUCUUUUGAUCUGACUUUUCUUGUGCAACAUGAUAAAUGUGGAAGUAUGUUUGGAGGGAAAAAUAUUUCAUGGGUAUUUGGUCAUAUUGGUUGAUAUAAAAUUGAUAUAAAGAAAAAACUUGGAAUCUGUGACAUGGAGUUAAGAAACAAACAUGCCCAGUUGGACAUAAAAUGGCUUCCUUGAAAAAAGCCACUGAUUUAUUACUAAGACCCUCCAAAUCAGAAGCCUUUGGUCUCUUCUGAAAUCUUUUUACUUUUUCUAAACCCUGCCAUAAUUUCUUCUUUGUCUCUAAGAGGAAGAAAAUUCUAAUGAUAGAUAAUCUUGUAUAAUGAGCAACUGAGGCAGAGCCUUAUACAAGGUAGAACAGUCUAAAUGGGUCACCAUUUUCUAUAAAUGCUUAGCUAGAAGUUAUGGUAAGGCUCCUGGAGUUCAGCAACUACCUACACAAUCAUGAUAUUUAAUCAGUCAAACAAAAAACAUUUAUUGAGUGUU